UCAAAUAUAAUCAGUAAAAAUGAAUGCACCACCGAAGUUUGAAUCGUUUUUAUUGUAUGACGGAGAAAAAAAAAUCGUCAAAGAAUUGGACACAAAAGUUUUGAACGCAGCAAUAUUCACUAUAAACAAAGAAGAUCACACAUUGGGAAAUUUGAUCAGGAACCAACUACUUAAAGACCCCAAUGUACUAUUUGCCGGGUAUAAACUGUCCCAUCCUCUGGAACAUAAAUUUGAACUUCGUAUACAAACAAGCUGCCCCGAGUAUACACCACAAGAUGCAUUAACCAACUCAUUAACUGAUCUUUUGGCUGAACUAUCUUUGUUCGAAGAGCGUUUCAAGAUGGCGCUAAAGAUAUGGACAUUUCUAUUGGUAAUGUCGUUGCCUGCUGCUGAGCGUGGACGCAGUUUCGGUUCAUUGGCGGCUAUAGUAUUGGGCAAUAUCGAUUACCAGCAAAUCCAACAAAAACUGUUCAGGCACAACGAUGUCGGUGAUGGCGACAGUAAAAUAA